UCUAGAUUUUUCAAAGUCCAUCUCUAAUCUCUAAAUUCGGUAAACGGAGGGCGUUUAAAAACAGACCGAAGUUGUCGUUAGUUUAUUGGUGCAUUGAGCCACAGAAUCUCAAAAAUGGGCCUUAAAGGUUGUGAAGUGCAAUUGGAUAACCCAUGGAACACCUACUACGCGGGACAGACAGUCAACGGACAGGUGAAGUUCACAUUUGACUCGCCCAAAAAAGUUCGAGGUAUUAUCAUCCGGUUCUUGGGCGAGGCCAACACCGAGUGGACAGAGGAGAAAAAUGUAACCACCAGCGAAGGAAAGACAGAAAACGAGGUGACCCAGCUGAAGGGGCACGAGGAGUACUUCAAGAUCCAGUACUAUUUACUGGGCGGCAAGAACAGUUCUGAGACGGAACUCCCGCCCGGCACUCACACUUAUCCCUUCACUUGCGCCCUGCCGCCCAAUCUGCCCUCUUCCUUUGAGGGUGAAUUCGGCCAUGUGCGCUUUACCAUCAAGGUGACGCUUGAUCGUCCCUGGAAAUUCGAUCAGGACAUGAAGAUGGCCUUUACGGUUAUUGCACCGGUCGAUCUGAAUCUCAAUCCACGUGUCAAGGAACCGUUUAAGCUGGAACUAGAGAAGUCCUUCUGCUGCUUCUGCUGCCGCUCGGGUCCACUGGCCGUCAUUACGAGCAUACCGCAAACAGGUUUUGUUUCGGGCCAGGUUCUACCCAUCACCUGCGAGGUGGACAACACCAGCAAUGUGAAUCUCACCGCAGUGAAGUUUGAGCUGCGCAAGCUAGUCACGUUUCACACUAAUCAGCCGCGGAGCGAGAAGCGCGAGUCCAAGGUGAUCAUAGCCAACUUAAGUGUUGGUCCAGUCAAUGGAGGAGAGUCUCACACCUUUACGCAGCAAAUGGAGAUACCUGCGCUGCCACCGACCAACCUUCUUAACUGCGGCAUUAUUGCAUUGGACUACGAUCUGCACGUAGAGUGUGAUGUCAGCGGUCCGCACCGCAAUCUUACCGGCAAGGUGCCAAUUACCCUGGGCACCAUUCCAUUGGCGGGUGUAAGGCCACCAGCCCAGUUUACAGAUGCUCCGUCGGCCGGGCAGUCCGAGGAUCCGUCGCUGGCUCCUACACAGCCGGUGAGUCCGGCUAGUCCUCCGGGAGGUGAUGGCAAGGGCGGUGCCUUGGGCUGGAAUGUGGCAGACAGUACUGGGGGUGGUGGUUCCCUGUAUCCCAAUAUCCCACCACCACAGUUUGUGGAGACCCAGUACAAGGCGCCGACUAUAGCCGGACGCGACGACUCUGAGCAUACACAAAUGAUGGGCGACGGAGCCUUUGCACCCCGCUAUCCGACCUUUCAGUUCAAUAAUGCCACUGCACCGCCAGCGAACCAGUAACCGAAUCUCUCAACCCGAUCCACAAUGAUAUUCUAAAAUAGCUGAAAGCGAAUUGUAAUCUCCCUUUUUAUCAUUGUCAAUGGAAGUUCGAUGUCCAGAGUUCGAUUUAAAUUUUAAUUGCAGAGGGCCUGUUUUUUUCGUAAUUUUAAUCGGCUUGCAUUUAUUGAAUAAUAGCUUUCCGUCCUUAACGAAAGCCCAAGCAGCUGCAGUCAAAAUAAUAAUCAAUUUGGAAAAGUUGUUAAACUAUAUUUAAAACCCAGUUUUGUUUGUUAUUUUAUUUGUAGUUUACAUAUAUAUUUUUGAAAAAAAAAACUAAUAAACUUAAACUGGUAGAAGUUAAGCUAGUAAGACUUAAAAAUCUUAGAUCCAAUCUAUAUAAGAUAUUUGAGUUAUUUAUACCAGUAAAUUUUGUUUAUUACACCAUACUGUUUUAAAUAGUUUAGCCACUGAUAAGAUAUAAUACAAUACAUAUUGUUUUGACUGCAUCUGAAUAAAAAUUCGAAUAAAUACGCACAAUUCAGUCGAUUCCGAUUUAAAAAUGCAAUCGCUCUGCUCAAAAUAA